AUGCGUAACUUAUCCUAUUUCCCUCUCGGAAGAGAACCAUCCUCACUCCCCUGGAAGGCGCUCAUCACCAAGAAAGUUGAUCCAAACUGCACUGCUACUUACUGCGAGGACGACCGUCCGAUUUCUCUAGGCUUCAGAGUCAGCUCAAUGAUCGAGCUCUGUCAAUUGGACAAGGCGGCUCAGAUCUCGAGCCUGGCCGCCUCGGAUGAGUAUGUCGACCUCCCCUACACGGUGCCAAUGAUAUGCAACAAAAUCAUCGGCGCCAUGUACGACGCCAAACGCUACGACGAUGCCAUCGCUCUGUUUCAUUACUUCUUCAACAAGUCUGACCUGAUCCCCGACAUGUUCACCUGUAACCUCAUCAUCAAAAUCCACUGCGAUGAAAACAAUGUAGACGACGCGUUCAAGCUAUACCGUUACGCUAAAACACUUGCUGUACCAGAUAUCGACACACACAUGGCUUUGGUCAAAGGUCUUCUAAAGGCCGGGAGAAUUGUAGACGCUCUGGGUUUUGUAAAAACGCAAAAGCUUUGGGAUUCGGAGGUUUACAGCUAUCUAGUCCGCGGGUUCUUGGAUCUGGGAAACCACGAAAAGGCUUAUGAAUUAUUCCAUGAAUUUGACCAACACAUCAUGCUUCAUCACAGUCAUGAAGAUCACAACAUAAGGAGAGCGGCCGUGGAAGCCACGUUUGUUGAGUACUGGUUUAAACAAGGCAAGGACGAAAAAGCUAUGGAGAUUUACAGCUCUAUAACCAAGAAAAAAGAAGAUGAGUUGCUGCUACUGUAUAUUAACACUGGGAAUGCCCUUUUAAAGAUUUUGUUUGGGAACGGCAAGAAAAGAGAGGCUUGGGAAUUGUUUGAAAGGAUGAUAACUAAUUCCAAGACCUUUGAUAGAGACACCUUUAAGAUAAUGGUGAAGGAGUGUUUCGAGCUCAAGGAAUUCGAGAUAGCCGUCCAGACUUUUAAGAGGCCUGAGUUGAGAAGGUCAUCUCGUUGUUACGGUGAAAUCAUUUCGAGGUUUUGCGCGCUCGGGAUGAUGUCUGAAGCACAUGCUUUGUUUGAGGAAGUUUGGUCUGACGAAUUUUUGUGCCCUGAUGUUCCUACGUUUAGAUCGAUGAUCAAUGGAUAUGCUAAACUUGGAAAAAAGGAUGAUGCAAUAGAGAUGUUGAAAAAGAUGGUAGAUGCAACUCUACUCAAUGUUGCUGUUACUGAGGCCCAAUAG